AUGCUGACGGGGGCAACGGUAGCGCAGGCGACGACACACGUCGGACCCGCCGACAUCACCGCACUGCUUGUCCAGGACAGUGUGCAGUGUGGCUACCCAGUGCGGCAUAACGGGGUGCGUUUCGGUGGAAUUUCCCACGGCUUUGGGAAAACAACGAUGGACGCGAAGCAUCAUUGCUUGCGUUGGUCGUCGACGGAUCCGACACGAGCGCCAGCAACUUGUUUCCCAGUCGUGGGAGAUUCGCUCCAGCGUGGCCUCAGUGACACGCUGCUUCGUGUCGUGCACGGGAAGGGCACUGUUACCUACUUUGCCGCAGCGGAGGGGCAACCGUGUUUGCUCGGAUUGGUGAAACUCGUCCAAGGCACGGACGGCGCCUACACGAAGAAUGUCGUCCAAGUGCACGAGUCUUGGUCGUUUCGUGCACAGAUGAGUUCAGACGAAGAGAGUGGCUCUGGAAGCGGCGUGGAUGCCAUGGAGUUGUUUUGCAGAAAACUGGUCGCAUGGAUCUUUACUUAUUACGCGAGGGAUUCCACCGCGCAGCUCACACUUCACCAGCUGGAAACCGCAUUUCCACUCCUCACUUCGGUCAACGCGCAAGAGCGUCGUCGCUUCGUGAGUGGGGCUCUCACCCGCUUUGCCGGUGGACGACUCUCGCUCUACGACGACCGUGUUCUUGCCUUGAAGCCUGUGCCCGUCCACGCGCUCUCUUUGCUUUCACUGGACGAGUUCCGAAUGCUGACAUCCAUGGAGCAGGCGACGGUUGCCUUUAUGUUCAAGUGUCAACUGAAACACGACGAAGUUCUAGAGGCGUUGCACACCAUCUUAGAUGCGUGGGGAAAGCGUGGUGCUGCGCUAGCCUCAUCAUUUGUGCGGUUGGCUGUUGCGGUGCUUCUUUCGCAUCUCGUUGGCACCUUUGCCUUGUCGCCGCAAGGGCUGCGAGGAUGGCUACGCCGCUUUGUUCUUUACUACUUGCCGACGCUGCUAACACUUCACGGGGAGGAGCCGCUUCUUGGGGAGCUGGCGACUUUGCUGCGGCAGUCGAAGGCUCCGAAGAGGCCCACGACGGUUGCCGUGCGACGGAGGAUGGAGGAGAUCAUACGGGGUGAGCCGGUUGCUGCGGAGCCGACAGCCGCGUGUGGGGAGCGCGAGGGCGGGGGCGAGGUGGAUGAGGGGUAUUUCUUCGACUCCGUCGCGCCGCCCCCGCCGGUGGGCUCCGACGUGGUGUGGAGGAUUGCGCAGCUCACGUGCCCUCACACGGCUGUCCCGCCCCCAAACACGCAUGCGUUGAGAAGCGCCAAACUUAACGGGUCGGCGUCGGACGGUCUCUUUUCCGCCGUUCUCUUUUCAUCGGCACGUCUGCAUUUGUCGCGGCCGUUGCUGAAGGCUCUCGAGGACGGGGAGCUGAGCUUGAGCUUGAACCUCGGCAAAGUCCCCCACUCGGCGCCGCACGACGAGGCGGUGUGGUCGACCGCGAGAAAGCGGAGACGCGGGAGGGGACACGCGUGA